AGAUGGUCUACCCCACCCUCACUCCGCCAUCAGACAGGAGACACGGGGGUCUGUGUUGAGCAUCACCCCAGCAGAAGCACGAGCAUCAGGAGGCGUGUGGAGCGUCGCGCGGCUGAUGCGCGCACCUUGGAGACAUCCAGCGCGUCCAUGAGGAAAGGAUGGAGACAUGGCGAGCGCAGUUCUCCGUAUCUUGAAGCCAGUGAAUUAAACACUUAUAGCUAUAAAGACAGCAGGAUCCUUUCGUUGAAAGAAGUGUGCUCUUCUGUAGCUGAAGAAAAUGGAUCCGUCCCCCACGAGGCAACAGUACGGCUCCAAAAAGAAGGUUAAAAUCCACCCCAACACGGUCACGGCGAAGUACGCCACGCAUUUCCCCCAGCCGGGCGACGAGGGAUACGACGACGCUCCAUCCUUCGAGGACUUCGGCUCGUUCAUGGACAACAACCCGAGCAAGAGACUGGUGUCAGAGAGCGGCCCCGGCAGGACUUUAUUCGGCACUAUGGAUUCCCGUCCCAGAGCCGAUCAGAGAGAUAAAGGAGUGGGCGGUCAGCUGGCGAGCUUCGGCGAGGCCUCGGUCCUGGCGUCGCGGGUCACCUGGGGCGCCCUCUUUGGGGCGGCCAUCGCACACGGAUGCGUGGCUCUCAUUACACGUCUAGCAGCCGACCGCUCCAAAGUGCCAUCAUUAGAGCUCAUCUUCAUCCGCUCGGUGAUCCAAGUGUUUUCUAUACUGGUGGUCCUCUACUAUAAAGAAGAUCCCUUCGGGCCCAAGGGCUACCGGCUGCGUUUGUUCUUCUACGGGAUUUGCAACGUCAUCUCCAUCACGUGUGCAUACACGUCCUUCGCCAUCGUUCCACCCAGCAAUGGCACCAUCAUGUGGCGGGCCACCACCACAGUUUUCAGCGCCGUUCUGGCUUUCCUGCUCUUAGACGAACGCCUGGGUUACACAGACGUAGUUACGGUCGUAGGUAGCCUCUUCGGCCUGUGUCUGGUCAUGAUCCCCAACAUCGCAGACGAAGAAAAGUCUCCUCUGGGAUUCUGGAAGGAAGCCUUUGGCUACACGAUGACUGUGAUGGCGGGUCUGACCGCCGCGCUGUCCAUGAUCGUGUACCGGGCCAUCAAAGAGCGGGUCAGCAUGUGGGCGGCGCUCUUCACGUUCGGCUGGACGGGAACCGUGUGGGGGGCAUCCACUAUGUUCAUCAUGCAAGAGCCCAUCAUUCCCUUGGAUGGCGAGACGUGGGGCUAUCUCACGGGAAUCUGCAUCUGCUCCACAGUAGCGUUUCUGGGCGUCUACUACGCCCUCAACAAGUUCCACCCGGCUCUGGUCAGCACCGUGCAGCAUCUGGAGAUCGUGGUGGCCAUGCUUCUUCAGCUCAUCGUGCUGCGGAUGAUCCCGUCCGUGUACGACGUCUUCGGAGCGCUGGUCAUCAUGGUCAGCGUGUUCGUCCUCACGGGGCUCAAGCUGUACAGGGUGGGCCGGGCCAUCCGACAAGAUUACCAAGAGAUUCUGGACUCACCGAUCAAAUGAGAGCAUCGAUGUGUGUGUACUCGAGCGCAUGAGGGGGCAUGUAUAUAUGUGUGUGUGUGUGUGUGUGUGUGUGUGUGUGUGCAGUGUUUCUCAGCCACCUUCUCUCACCAAUGUGCAAUCACUGAAUGUCUGGAUCUUCAGCAUUUAUUUUGAAUUGUGAAAAGAGUGCCAUCAGUGUAAUGUCUUCACUAACUGUUGAUGUGGGAAAAUAAAAACAGUGCUCCAUAGUG